AUGGCCCCCGAGUGCUUGCGAGGCGAGUGGUACAACGAGAAAGCAGACGUCUUCUCCUUUGGUAUCAUUUUGUGCGAGAUGGCCGCUCGCAUCGAAGCGGAUCCAGAUGUCCUCCCUCGCACUGAGAACUUCGGCCUUGACUACGUCGCCCUUUCCGACAUGAUGGAUCCGAAGAGUCGUCCGUCGUUCUCCCAACUGGAGAGUACAUUGAGAGAACUCCUCUGCGGAGACGAGAACGGAACAAUUCCUUCAUCGCCCGUCGACUCCCCACAACUCGCUCUUCCGCUUCCGAUCCCCAUUACGUUACAGAGUGCAGAGGAAAAUGAGAAGUUGACUCCAGGAGACACGUCUUCGGAACGCUCACGGGAUGCGGUCACACCCAUUCGCCUUCCGCUCGGCAAGGCCAGUCCGCGACACAUCAGUCAAGUGAUGUGCCGCUUAGACCCUCACUAUCGACCUCGUAGCUCCACCAAUCCUUUUUCGACGCUGUCGUUUGGGACGGGGAAGAUUCUGGCGACGUCCUCCAACCUGGAUCUUUCGUCCCUCUCACCGUCAUCUUCUUCCGCUGACGCCCCAUACCCACUUUCCCUCCUCUUCCACUCUCUACCGAACUCCCCGACUUUCGUGCGGAAGGAGGAAGAGGGUGCGGGAAAGGAACGACCCCCCGAAGAAGUGGAAGGGGAAGCGUGUCGGUGCCGUAGACGCGGUUCGGGAGAGUCGGGAUUCUUCAGCGUCGAGGAGUCCGAGAGAGUGAGCUCGAGCACGGACCUCUCCCCAGAUCUCGGUCUCGUCGCGUCUGCAUCUCUGGACUCCUCGAGUGAGUUCUGCGAUGCGACCGACACGAGGGCCCAGCUCUUCGAGCGAUCGUCGUCGGCCUGUACGGACAGCUCUGAAGACGCGUCCUGCUUCGGUGAGGACGAACGGACGUCUCGCCAACGCGACGUCGGCCGCAUUGUCGAGUACUUCGAACACGUGCGGGGCGUUCACGAAAAGGAGAAACGUCCGAAGAGGAUCACUGUGAGUGCCAACGUUCAGAACUUAUUACGAGAAGCCCGGCUUCAUCGUCGACUUCCGGCAGCCGCGACCUCCGUCGUGGACAAUCUAGGCAGUACCACCUCCCCCGUCGUGACGAGGGUGAUCGAUGCGUCGUCUGCGACCUCGAAGGGACCCAGCAUCUGCAAGGGGACCGUCAAGGCCAAGUUGGAACUUUUCAACGCCAAGCAGAGCUCUAGAACUCAUGACAUCCCCUUGAGGGAUAUCGAGAUGAGCCCUGCUGCAGCGAGGUGCUUCUCAGAGAAAGCCAAGGACACACUCAAGAGGAAAAUCUUGGAAGGAGAGGACAUGGGGGGAAACAGUAAGAGAAUCCCAGGACCUUCCAGGCAAGUGGGGAAAAGACAACAACAGAGAUAUGCGGUAGCAUUUGUGGCUGCUUUCAUGCAAGCUGAUGGAAUGCACCAGUCCCACAAUUCAGUAUAUGAGAUUAAUGAGCAGGUCUCCCAUGAUGACAAAGAGAAUUCUGAAUUUUUAGAUGUGACACAGGAACUUGUUGGUGUAGAUGGUUGUGGACAUGGGAGUCAUUCUGUAGAGACUUCAGACUUGGAUGGUGGACUCUUGUCAGAUUGGGAGAGUGGCCAGUCCUCAAGUGAAGGAAGAAUUUCUGUAGGAAUUGAAUCUGAGCAGCUACAUAUUCUGCCUCUAAGAGCCAGAUUGCAUGAAUGGGCUAACACCUACAAUAUCACACUUCCACAGCUUCAAGGUCUUCAGAAGAUCAUCCAGAACUUCCUAAAGACCCCCGAGCUGUUUAUAGUUUGGCUUGCAGACUCUGACAUGGUCUCAGUUGCUCUGACCAUCAAUAUUGAUGGCAUUCCUCUGUUCAAGUCCAGCCAACAACAGUUUUGGCCCAUUUUGUGCCUCAUCAGGAAUGCCAAAGACAAAAUACCUUUUCCAGUUGUUAUUGGAACCUAUGUUUGUGUAGAAAUGUGGGCUGUUGUGGUGUUUGAUGAGGAGGAAGCAACUGCCACUGUCCCCAUUACUUGGGUGUCUGAGGGAAAGUGUUGUUGGCCGGGAACAAAAAAUAGAACUAGGCUGAUUCAGCAGUCUGAUGCCUGCUCCUUCAUGGCCCCAGUUUCCCUGCAGAGUGCUUCAAAUCUCAGCAAUAAUAUUGAGUUUUUCACUGUUAUCUUGAUUGAUGCAGGUGAUUAUGAAGAAGCAAGAAAGUUAGCUUGGAAAGCUGAGAAGAGUUCUGAUCUGGAGCAGCCCUCUGACUUGGAGUUGAAUGAUGGAGAGACACGAAAAUCCACUCGAAUCAAGAAGACCACCCUGCCUCCUCCACCCCCACAUCCAUUUGAUGCAACCUCUAAGCACUUGCAGCAGGGCUAUUCAGGUCUUCACCAUUCCUUUUCCCAGUCGCACAUCAGUUCUGAGCAACAUCAGUCAUCUUCCCAUUUUACAUCUCCUGUGCUUCACCAACAAGAUUCCCUGCUGUUCAAGUCUCCUGCAUCUUAUGAUGAUGGAGAAAGAUGCAAAAAGGAUGGGUGGCCCUUGAGUAUCCCUUCUGUGACUGGACUGUCUCAAGAAGAUUCAGUCCUUCAAAUGAACAAGAACUUCAAGUCUGAGGACAUCUUCAAAGCACUCUCAGAUGAAUUCAGAUAUGCCCCAGGGCACCCAGGUGGAGGGGGAUGGCUCAAAGAGAAGAAAGAGGAGAAUCCAGAUGCCAUCCUUCUUUGUCCUCAUCGCCCAAUUCAUCCUUUCUAA